GGGCCCAGUUCGUUUUGUGUUCUGUUUCUUCCUUCUCUUUCUAUCCAGUGCGUUUCUCCUCAAAAUCCUUCGCCUUCUGCCGAAAUUUGGUUUUCUCAACAACACUAAUAACCGAAUUAGCCAUUAGUAGUGGAGCUUCACAAGAUUGAAAGUUUCUGCGUCUUUGAUCUUGAUCCUAUUUCCUCCUCUAAUCCACAAACCUAAUUGACUUUCUCGGCAUCUGGAUUCUUCCUCCAUCAAACUAUCUCUUCUUCAUCCUGCGAAACCCAAUACGGAGCUGAAGGUUUCACCGAAUCUCUAACCUCCGCUUUCUAUCGAACAGAGAAGACUCCAACAGAGGCAAUGUGUUAUGGGUUUGGAGCUCUUUCGUCUCUGUCGAAGAUUGUUCCGUUUGCUCUGUGAUCGUCGUUCUCCUUGGCUCACGCUGCAUCACGGAGGGUCUAAUGGCUCUUAGGAAAAAUACUCCAAAAGCCGAUUCAGUUUCUCUCCCGAUGAAGCCUUUGAAUUUUUCCAGAAAAUUGCCAGGGAUUGAGCAGAUUGCAGACCCAGAUAUUACUCAAAAUGUUGUGCCUAACGUCGAUUUGGACCUGCGGGAAGUUUACUUUUUGAUGCUCCACUUACUUUCCUCUGGGCCAUGCCAGAGAACUUUUGCACUGCUGCGACAUGAACUUCUUGAGCAUGAGCUUCUUCCUAGAAGAUAUCAUGCUUGGUACUCGAGGAGUGGAUUGCCUAGUGGGGACGAGAAUGAUGAUGGCAAUUCUUUUCCUUCAAACUAUACUGAGUUGGCUAAGAGGUAUUCUCACGUAAACAAAGAUCACUUGGUGGAGCUUCUAAAGCAAUUGGUUGUUAUCUCAAGUAGGCCUACUCCCUCACGAGGGCUUGGUGAUGGAAACAAAAUGAUUGCAGCUGGUGUCCCAACACUUCUAGGGACUGGAUCGUUCUCCCUUUUGAGCUAUGACAAGGACAUAGUUGGAAGUGAUCUCAAACCCCCACCUAUUGGCAUGCGUUGGCCUCAUAUGCAUGCUGAUCAGGUGCGUGGUUUAAGUCUGAGAGAAAUUGGUGGUGGUUUUGCCAGACAUCAUCGUGCCCCAUCAAUUCGUGCAGCAUGUUAUGUCAUUGCAAAACCAUCUUCAAUGGUACAAAAGAUGCAGAACAUCAAGAGGCUACGUGGACACAGAAAUGCUGUGUACUGUGCUAUAUUUGAUCGCUCUGGAAGGUAUGUAAUCACUGGUUCAGAUGAUCGCCUUGUAAAAGUAUGGUCAAUGGAAACUGCAUACUGCCUGGCGAGCUGUCGAGGGCAUGAAGGUGACAUAACUGAUCUUGCUGUGAGUUCGAACAACACUUUCAUAGCAUCCGCAUCAAAUGAUUGUGUGAUCCGCGUUUGGCGAUUGCCAGAUGGCUUACCAGUUUCGAUACUCCGUGGACAUACCGGAGCUGUUACUGCUAUUGCAUUUAGUCCCAGACCCGGAUCCCCGUACCAGCUUCUUUCCUCGUCAGAUGAUGGUACAUGUAGGAUAUGGGAUGCUCGAGGUGCCCAAUUUGCUCCGCGGAUAUAUGUCCCUAGGCCUCCUAGUCCUGAUGGAAAGAACAGUGGCCCGUCUUCUAGUAAUGCUCAGCAGAGUCACCAAAUCUUUUGUUGCGCAUUCAAUGCUAAUGGAACUGUCUUUGUCACUGGCAGCUCUGACACUCUUGCUAGAGUAUACUCGGUUUGGAGUGCUAAUAGAACCAACAAUGAUGAGACAGACCAGCCAAACCAUGAACUUGAUGUUCUGGCUGGACAUGAGAAUGAUGUUAAUUAUGUUCAAUUCAGUGGUUGUGCUGCAGGAUCUAAAUUUGCCGUAACUGACUACUCGAAAGACGAGAAUGUUCCAAAAUUUAAGAAUUCCUGGUUCUGUCAUGAUAACAUAGUUACAUGCUCUCGUGAUGGUAGUGCAAUCAUUUGGAUCCCAAGAUCACGGAGAUCACAUGGAAAAAGCUGCCGAUGGACACGAGCAUAUCAUCUCAAAGUUCCACCUCCACCCAUGCCUCCUCAACCUCCUAGAGGUGGGCCACGUCAACGGAUCCUGCCUACACCCCGUGGGGUUAACAUGAUUGCUUGGAGUCUGGAUAAUCGUUUUGUCCUUGCGGCUAUCAUGGGUAAUACUCUGUUGACACUCUUGAUGGCUAAGAGUUUAUCCAGGCCAAUUGCCUAUAGCGCUCCACUCUUGCUAACUAGAUUCUCUUUCUAUGUUAAAGAUUGUAGAAUAUGCGUGUGGAAUGCCUCUGAUGGUAGCUUGGUACAUUCUUUGACUGGCCAUACCGCAUCUACUUAUGUUAUGGACGUCCAUCCUUUCAAUCCUCGGAUAGCUAUGAGUGCUGGCUAUGAUGGAAAAACAAUAGUGUGGGAUAUAUGGGAAGGCAUACCUAUCCAAAUAUACGAGAUUUCACACUUUAAGUUGGUUGACGGGAAGUUUUCACCGGAUGGAACGUCAAUUAUACUUUCAGAUGAUGUGGGCCAACUGUAUGUGUUAAGCACAGGCCAAGGGGAUUCUCAAAAGGACGCUAAAUAUGAUCAGUUCUUCCUGGGGGAUUAUCGGCCAUUAAUUCAGGACAUACAUGGCAAUGUCCUCGACCAGGAAUCUCAGCUUCCACCUUAUCGCCGAAAUAUGGAGGAUCCUCUUUGUGAUUCAGCGAUGAUUCCAUAUGAAGAGCCAUAUCAAACCAUGUUUCAGAAACGGCGUCUUGGCGCCUUAGGCAAAGAAUGGCGACCAUCUGCUUUAAAGCUUGCCGUAGGGCCAGAUAUCACUUUAGAUCAAGAUUACCAGAUGCCACCUCUGGCAGACCUAGACUUAGCUGAACCGUUACCAGAAUUUGUAGAUGUAAUAGAGUGGGAACCAGAAAUUGAUAUCUUAAGUGAUGAAAAUGAUUCCGAAUACAAUGUGCCAGAAGAGUAUUCGUCUGGAAAAGAGAAAGAAUGCUUAAAUUCUUCAACAUCUGGUGAGUCAGGUUCCAGUUCCAGUGAAAGCGAUGAAGAUGGUGAUCAUAAUAGCCUUAGAAGAUCCAAAAGGAAAAAGCAUAAGACAGAAGCUGGGAUCAUGACUUCUUCAGGUAGGCGUGUCAAAAAGAGAAAUUUUGAUGAGCUUGAUGGAGCUCCAAGCAAGAACAAACGUAUCAGGAAAUCUAGGAGUGGUCGUAAAGAAUCGAAGAGGAAAUCUUCAAAAUCUAAAUCGUCCAGACCUAGGCGAGCGGCUGCACGAAAUGCCCUGUCUUGGUUUUCUAAGAUUACAGGUUCAUCUAAAGACGCAGAAGAAGAAGACGUCUCUGAAUUGAGUGGGUCAUCAGAAAGUGAAUCGACAACACAGGACUCAGGCACUGGGGAAAGUGAACUCGAUGUAGCUUUGUUAAAUGGGCAUGGUAAGCAAUCUAAGGGGAAAAAUAUUCUCGUAUGUGAUUCAGACGAUGGGGCUCAACAAUGUGAUAUUAGAGAAACGCAUCCUGCUGAAAGGAGGAGAUUGGUUGUUAGGUUUCCCGUUGGCAAUUCAGAUAGGCUUACCUUGCUGGAAAACCUACCUGGAUCAUCUUCUACUGUUCCAACUUUAGGGAAUGGCUGUGCUGAAGACUCAAGGGUUCCUGGGAACCUUGAAAUUGACACAAAUCAGUUUAAAUGGUUAGAUGCAAGUAAAGUCAAAUGGGGAAUGGUUAAGGCUCGUACGCCAAAGCGAAUGAGAGGUGAAGCAAUGUCAUCGCAUGGACUUAUGGGCUCUGAGCCAGAGGGAAAUGAAACUAAUGUUAGAGAAGAGGCAAGUCAUCAUGAUAAUGGUGUUAGUGCACCAAGUUGUUUGGAACUAAGAGCAGAUGUAGAUGACAUGGCAGUUGACACUGACACGGUGAUUUCUAAUGGUUUGCGAAAUGUUGAGGAACGAAAUCUAGGAGUGGAUGAGUGGCCAAGUCGAGUCGCUGAUGACGGUGCCUCUAACUGUUCUCAGGAUAUAACCGGUCGCCUGCAUGAUCUAAAAGAUAGCCUUCCACCUAUCUCUAGGACGUUGAAGAUACGAUCCAAGAGGGUUUCAAGGGCUCCUGAUACAUCUUUGACGCAAGAAGUAAAAUCUUCAUCAAUAAUCCAGGAAAGUGGUGUCUCUGAUGCAUUAAAUGAUGGUUCUGCAGACACUAGAUGUGAUGUGGUAUUGGACAGUCAAAAGGAUGGUGAGGUUGGAACAGAGCCAUCUCUGAGAAAUGAUUGUGAGCAUGAAUCAAAUCGUGAGAUCGGUGAUCCUGUCUCAAUUGCUAAUGAUGUCCAUGUGUCACAUCCUAAACGGAUGUUUGAUUAUGUCUACAGGCGAUUGAAGUCACGAAAGCAUAAGAAUAAUUCAGACGGGGAUGCCACUCGUACUCAAGAAAACAGUCCAGGUUCUUGUAGCCUGGAUCAGAGUAGUGGCGCUAAUUCCCAUGAAGGUGCCCCAAAUGGGUUCCAUGGAACCCAGUCGAAAGGAUUGAAGAGUCCAGAAGGCAGUUUGACACACAUCCGUGAUAAACUAAGUGAUUCACGUGGAAACCAAAACUCUCAAGAAGAAUCGACUUCUGGGGCAACUCUUCGGUUGAGAUCCACAAGAAAUAGAAGGUCUACUUAUCCUUUUAGUGAAAUUAGACCUGUUGAAACAAAGAAGCCUCUGCAGCUGAUAGAAAAGGUAUCCUGGUUGACAUUAUCGACACAUGAAGAGGGCUCUCGUUAUAUUCCACAAAAGGGGGAUGAAGUUGCAUAUUUGCGACAGGGGCAUCAAGAAUACUUAAACUUCAGCACCCUGAGGGAAGUGGCUCCUUGGACUUCAAUAAAAGGAGGAAAUAUAAAGGCGGUGGAAAUUUGUAAAGUGGAAAGUCUUGAAUAUGCAACACUUCCUGGUUCUGGAGAUAGCUGCUGCAAAAUGAUACUUAAAGUCAUCGAUCCGAACUCGGAAGUCUUCAGCAAAAGUUUCAAACUUACGUUGCCUGAAGUGGUGGCCUUUCCAGAUUUUCUUGUGGAAAGAAGUCGGUAUGAAGCAGCGAUACAGAGGAACUGGAGUUGCAGGGACAAGUGUAAAGUUUGGUGGAGAGACGAAGGCGAAGAAGAUGGUAGUUGGUGGGAAGGACGGAUUCUAGCUGUGAAACCCAAAUCACCUGAUUUUCCUGAUAGUCCGUGGGAGAGGUACACAGUUAAAUACAAGAGUGACCCGGCCGAGACACAUCUUCACAGUCCCUGGGAGCUUUUUGAUGCUGAUACCAAGUGGGAGCAGCCUCACAUUGAUGAUGAGAAACGAAACCGUCUGCUCUUGGCCUUGACAAAGCUAGAGACUUCAGAUAGAAGAACCAAGGAUGCGUAUGGCCUCCAAAAACUGAACCAGACCGUGGGAAACUCCAGCUACACCAACAGGUUCCCAGUUCCUCUGUCUCUUGAAGUAAUCAGAUCAAGGCUUGAGAACAACUAUUACCGGAGUGUGGAAGCAUUAAGACACGACGUAGCGGUUAUGUUGUCCAAUGCAGAAACGUUCUUUGGUCGAAAUAAAAGCGUAGCGGCCAAAAUCUCACAUCUCUCUAACUGGUUCGACCGCACGCUACCUUCUUUGUAGCAUUUCUUCACUGAUAGACUCGUAGUCGUAGUGCGGCUAGUGCAUAUGUAGAUAACAAUGAUUUAUUCUUUUUCUUUCUUAUGUUCCCAAAUGAUUUAGUUAGGGUUUCUGCAAUUUUUUUAUAAAAAAACUCUGGUUCUAAUGAAUGAAGAGAUUUAUAGGAGUUCUUUUUAGUCAGAGAAAUUUUUAGGUUUAGGGUUAGUUGGAGAGAAUCUUUUUCAUUGUAAGUAAAGAGAUACUGGAGAUGUCAAAAACAUUUAAUGCUUUGGAAAACAGAGAACCAUCUUCCGUUGACUGAUCCAA